AACCGCGUUUUUCCAAUGACUCGUCAACUUACGCGUCAAUUGGAGGGCGUACAGACUGAGGUCGUUAUUCAGAGAUUUGUUGAUCGAGUUUUAGUGCUCGUAACCCAACUUGGGAAGGUCGGCAAUCUGAUACAAGCUACGAUACCAGAAACUACUCCCUUGGCUCCACCGGCAACCGCCGAUGAACUCCCAGAGCCAUCACCAGCCAUACAACUUACCCCUCUGCUUGGGCAAGGGCCUUCUCAACAUAUGCAAACUCUUCAUUCCCUCUAUGCCGCCCAGAUUGCGACGAUCAUUUGGACGGCCAGCUCGAACCCACUUGAUGUCACUCGAAAGAGCGUUGUUGUUGGAAUAGCCCUCCAAAGGACCUCCUCAGACGACGAAAAUCUAACAGCCCACGAGAGGAAUGUAUUUGGCGGUGUUAUGAAGAUGAUUCUCGAGCUCGUGUGA